AUGUUCAUGUUUUGGUUUCUAGAAGUGGUUGAGGGCAUUGAUGCAGAUUCUGUUGCAGGAAUUGGAUUUGAUGCUACAUGUUCGCUAGUGGCUCUUGAUAAUGAAGAUAAGCCAAUAACUGUUAGCCCAACAGGAGAACACGAGCAAAAUGUUAUCAUGUGGAUGGACCAAAGAGCAGUUCAAGAGACGGAAGUCAUCAAUGCUUUGAAUCAUUCUGCCUUUCAAUAUGUUGGAGGAAAAGUUUCCAUUGAGAUGCAGCUUCCCAAACUUCUUUGGCUUAAAAGAAAUCUCUGUGAUACUUGGUAUCAGACUAAGAGAUUCAUGGACCUGUCAGACUUUCUGACAUGGAAGGCCACUAAUAGUGAUGCUAGAUCCCUUUGCAGUGUGAUAUGCAAAUGGAACUACAUAGUUGAUGAAUCUGGAUGUCAUGGUUGACCCAGUGACUUGUUUGAGCUAGUUGGACUACAAGAACUUUUAGAAAACAAUGCAAGUCUCAUUGGAAGCAACAUCAAAUUCCCUGGCUCUCCACAAGGCUCAGGUCUGACAUUUUCUGUUGCCCAUGAGUUGGGAUUAAAACCAGGCACUCCGGUCGACACUUCCCUGAUUGAUGCAUAUGCAGGAGCCCUUGGAUUAUUUGCUU